CGAGGUAGAACCAAAGAUUCUCGUGCGGAGUAACCAUCAACCAUGUCACUCGGGCACUCACCACCAAAAAUGACAGAUAUCCCUCAGCUUGCAUCGAACAAUCGGCCCAAGUAGAAGACUAAUCAUAAUACACUGAUAAUGGCGUCGAUGAGUUUGUUCCAACGAAUCUACUAUAUCUUAAAUCCACCUACUCCCGCGAAGAAAGAUGGCGCCAUUCGCCUCGGUCUACUCGGAGCUUCCAACAUAGCCCCCAACUCGGUCAUAGUACCGGCCAAGUCCCAUCCGGAGGUCAUCAUCGCAGCGGUUGCUGCCCGCGACUCAGACCGCGCGCAGCAGUACGCUAAGACACACGACAUCCCCAUCGUGCAUAGCUCCUACCAAGACCUGCUUGACGACCCCACCAUCGACGCCGUUUACAUCGCGCUCCCCAACUCCCACCACUACGAAUGGGCCCUCCGCUCCCUGCAAGCAGGCAAGCACGUCCUCCUGGAGAAACCCUCAUGCUCCAACGCCACCGAAGCCCGCAAGCUCUUCACCCACCCCCUCGCAACCGCCCCCAAUGCCCCCGUUCUCCUCGAAGCCUUCCACCACCAAUUCCACCCAGCGUGGCAAACCUUCCUCUCCCUGACCCGCCAAACCCCCUGGGGCCCCGGCACCGUCGUCGACACAUCCUCGCAAUUCUACCUGCCCAGGGGCUACAUCGCGCGCGAUGACAUCCGCUUCCAGUACGCCCUGUCCGGCGGAUGCCUAAUGGACCUGGCGACAUACCCGCUCUCCUGUGUGCGCCAAGCUCUGAACCUCUCGAACGAGCGCGAGGAGGACCUUGUGGUCGUGGAAGGCCAUUACACCCCACCACGCCCGCUCAGCAGUUACGACUCCUCUCCGUUCCACGACGCGCCGCAGAUCGAUACCGCCAUCGCCGCCACAUACCAGACCGCCGAUGGCCUCCAAACAGCCCACAUCGCAGGCGAUCUGGCAUACACAGCGGCAGCAGCAGCAGCAGCAGCAGCAGCGACGCAAAACGGCGGCGGGUUUCUCUCCCUGCUACCGACCACAUGGUCCCAAUGCAUCCCUUGGUUCGCAUGGCCCAAGACCGAGGCCACCCUCGCCGCGAUCCUGGUGGCCUCGCAGGGCGGCACGGAGACGCAGCACUUCGUGCAGCGGACCGUCACGAUCUGGAACAUGAUCCUGCCGACGGUGUACCACCGCAUCGACGUGCGCGACACGCAUACCCUCUACCGCAAAGGGAGGCUGUCCAAGACGUGGGAGGAGGCGCAGUACCGCAAGGCGUAUAAUUGGCCCGCCGGGGAUCACCGGGCGGAGACAUAUCAGGAGUGGUGGACGACGUGGCGGUGUCAGUUGGAGGAGUUUGUGAAUCGGGUUAAAGGGAGGAAAGGGUCUGGGGUGUGGAUUGACGGCGGGGAGAGUAUUAGGCAGAUGGAGGCGGUCGAUAAGACGUACCGGCGGGUGGGGUUGGAACCUCGGCCGACGAGCGCGUUUGAUGUUUGAUGUUUUCUUUUCAUUUGGAUCGGGGUUAAAUUG